AUGACGACCGACUUCCCACCGCUGAAGAACGACCUGCUUUUGCGCGCGGCUCGAGGCGAGCAGACAGAGCGUGCGCCGGUAUGGGUCAUGCGGCAAGCGGGACGGUACCUUCCUGAGUUCCGCGCAGUGCGCGCAAAGCAUGGUUUCUUUGACGUAUGCCGCACACCCGAGCUUGCCACGGAGGUGACGCUGCAGCCGAUCCGGCGGUACGCCGGCCUGCUCGACGCCGCCAUCAUCUUCAGCGACAUCCUCGUCGUUCCGCAAGCGAUGGGCAUGACCGUCGAGAUGAACCCCGGCCCGCACUUCCCCGAGCCGCUCAACGCCCCCGCCGACGUCGCCAAGCUGCGCGAGCGCGUCGACGUCGAGCAGGAGCUCGGCUACGUCUUCGCCGCCAUCACGCGCGCGCGCGGCGAAUUGGACGGCGCGGUCCCGCUCAUCGGCUUCUGCGGCGCGCCGUGGACGCUGUUCUCGUAUAUGGUCGAGGGCGAGACGAGCAGGACCUACACGAAGGCGAAGACCUGGCUGUUCAAGUACCCCGAGGAGAGCAAGGCGCUGCUUAUGCGCAUCGCGGACGUCUGCGUGGACUUUCUCGUAGGACAAAUCAAGGCUGGCGCGCAGCUCGUUCAAGUAUUCGACUCCUGGGCAGGCGAGCUUGCGCCGCACCACCUCCGCGAAUACGCGCUCCCCGCCCUGAAGCACAUCGCCUCAUCCGUACGCGCCAAGCUCAAGGCGCAAAACAUCGCCCCCGUCCCAAUGACGCUCUUUCCCAAAGGCGCGAACACGCUCCUGGCAGAGCUCGCAGCGGACGCGGGCUACGACGUCAUCGGCAUCGACUGGUGCGUUGACGCCGCGGAUGCGCGCCGGGCCGUCGGCGACCUCGUCGCGCUUCAGGGCAACCUCGACCCGAACGUGCUCUACGGCGGCCGCGAGGCGAUCGAGCGCGAGGUGAAGAGGAUGUGUGAGCAGUUCAAGGGCGGGAAGGCGCCGAAGGCGUGGAUCGCGAACUUGGGCCAUGGGAUCACGCCGGGCGUGGACCCGGAGGAUAUGCGGUUCUUCUUGGAGUGUGUACACAAGUACUCAAAAGCCUAG